ACCGUAGAUGCCCAAACAGAAAAUGGCUUCAGCGGAGUCCCAGCCGAGGUUUGGGCAGUCUGUUAAAGGCUUAUUAUCCGAUAAAGUGGGCUCUUGUAGCGGGGAUGUGAUCGCACUGACCCGCCAGGUGUUGAAGGGAUCCCGCAGCCAAGAGCUUCUUGGACAAGCAGCCAGAAACAUGGUGAUUCAGGAGGAUGCCAUCCUGCACUCAGAGGAUAGUCUGAGAAAAAUGUCCAUCAUCACCACACAUUUACAGUAUCAGCAGGAGGCCAUCCAGAAGAAUGUGGAGCACUCUAAAAACCUGCAGGACCAGCUGAGACACCUGCUGAAGUGACAGAGCAGCAAAUGAUUCUGAGCCUUCAUCAGAAGAUGACAGCGUGUUAAUGAACACUGUCUCAGCAGGAUUCCAUAGAGAUGAACACUGGACCACAUGGACAAUCUGCCAUAUUUGUACUUUAUAAACAACAGAUUUGGAACUGUCUUUGGACUGAUGUGGGACUCAUUUAACCAGUUUUGAAGGGAAGUUCUGUUCUGUAUCCCACAUAGUGCCUUGCUCAUGGGCAAAGUUCCCCAAAGUGUUUUUUUGAGUGUUUUCCUGUUUUUAUCAUUUGUAUUCAGUUAAUUGAUUAAAUACCUUGACAAUGUCACCUUUAUUUGUAUUCUGAUCCUCAUAAUGCCGCCCUGUCAAUCAAAUCAUAACCUACAUUCUUAAUUAGUGGCUGGUCCAUCAUUUACCUCAGUGGCAGAGAAGUAGGCUUAUACAGUACAUGCACACACAUAUAAUUAUAUAAUAAUAAUAUCAUUUCCCCUGCCCUCCAUGUUGACCUGCUGUCAGGAUGAAAGUAAUUCAUUAGCACCAAUUCCUUCAGUACAGCAAAUGUCAUGUCACAUGUAAAUUGACCAUGUGAGCUGUUUGUAGUUUUUAAAUUUUUUUUUAACCCUGCUUAUAUUUGUUUGUGUUUAUGAUGAUGUAUGAAAUGCACAGAGAGUUCUUGUAGAAGAUGAACAAUAAUUCAUGGCCCUGUGGUUCAGUGAUGGAGCAGAUGUUAGUGUGAGCUGCAGGAGGCUUUUACCUCAUACAAGUGUACAAAUAAACAUGUUGAA